GUUACACGCUUGUACGCAGAAAGAGACGCACUAGCACCACGCGCAUGUUGAAUUUAACCUUAAAAACUUGAUGUUCGACCACGUUUAAGGCGGCAUGCUGAGUUUAUUCUAUUUAAUUGACGAAGUACACAUUUCUUUGUUCUUCAAACUGUUUUAGAAAGAGCAGCGAUUAAAUAUCAAAUUAAAAAAUAGACGAAUAUUUAGUGACUUUACGUUUAUAUAUUGAGUAAGCAAGCAAUCAUGGUUAAAAAUAUAAAGAAACGCCCGGUAAGCGAAAGCGAAGCUGUUGGGAAGGUAGGCGAAUUAAAUACGAAUAAAGCACAAAAAAAAGCGAAGGUAGAAAAUGGAGCUGUGCGAAAUGAUAAAGGUAUUAAAAAAGAUGCAUUGAAGAAAUUGGCGACCGAAAAGAAGAAAGAGCAAGGUAUGGGCGUAGUGCAAAGUUCUGUAAAGAAGCCAGUGGGUGAAGUUAGUACAGACAAAAAUAAGAAAAAAAUGGUAGAUGGCAAAGAGGAAAAACAACAAAGAGUAAAACAGCAAAGAUUACAGUAUCGUGAGAAACGUAAAUUGAAUAGACAACAAAAAACUAAACCUGGAACAAAACCUGAGUUAUCCGUUGCAGAGAUAAAACAGAAAAUUGAAGAUAUAGAGAAGCGAGGAAAUCUAACAAAAACUGCUAAGAGAAAAUUAGCAACAUUAAAGAAAGUGUUAGGAAUAAAAGAAGGAACAUACAAGCCAAAGGAACAAGUUGCAAAAAAACAGGCAGGUAAUAAAUCAGUAGAAGUUGCAAAAAAGAAACAAAUCCAAAAUAAUGAACAAAAGAAAAAGUUACCAGAAAAGCCAGAACUUAAGAUGAAUAAAGUUAAUAAAAAAAAGAACCCUAAACAGGGCAAUUUACUUCUUGUAAAACAAAAUGAUCCAGAUGAAGAUGAAGAUGAUGAUGAUGAUGAUGAUGAUGAUGAUGUUGAGACAGAUAAUGAUGUAGAAGAAGAGGAUGAGGAAGAUGUUGAUAUUGACGCGGAGGAGGAGGAGGAAGAGGAGGAGGAUGACGACGAGGAUGAAGAGGACGAAGAGGAGAACAGUGAAGAUGAUGAAGAUGACGAUGACGACGAAUCAGAGGUUGAUGAUGAAGCUACGACAAAUAAUAUUCAAAGUCCCAGCGCGAAGGAAAAAUCAAAACAGAAUACAGAGCAAGAAGGAAAGAAAAAAAGAUAUGUUCUUUUUGUAGGAAAUCUACCGUAUAGCAUUACUAACGAAGAACUUAAAAAGCACUUUUUGACUAAAGUCAGUCAAGUAAUCGAUAUCAGAAUACCUAAAAAAGACGCGAAUACAUCGCGUGGAUUCGCUUAUGUUGAGCUUGCUAAUAAUACAGAUUACGAGAAAGCACUUGCGCUGAAUCAUUCAUUUGUUAACGGACGACGAAUAAAUGUGCAAUAUUCCGGAGGUGCUGGUAACAAAAAAGAAGUUGUCGCGAAGAAUUUUAAAUUACAGGCGCUUCAAAAAGCAGGAAAGUUGGCAGGUGGAUAUAAAAAAAAUAACCAGAAAUUUGGUGGAAAGAAGUGGAAACAACAUAGGCAAACGACGAAAACAUAAUUAUCGAACGAAUAAGAUUUAAAAUGAUUUUUUAAAUGUCGUCUUCGAUGUUUCUCUAUUUGAAAAUUUAGAAUUAAGUUUUUUAUGUAAACGCGAUAAUUAAUUAUAAAAGUUUAUGUUCAGAGCAGUAUAGAUAAAACAUGUAUCUAUAAAAAUGCG